CCAUCAUUACUUUCGCCUUCUCUCUUCCCCACUCGCGUGCUUACCCAAACGCACCGUUGGUUCUCUGUGGAUAUAAACACUGAUAAAAAGAACCCAAAAAAUCUCCUCAAAAACUCAUACCAAACACGCUUUGCAAUUUCCUCCACCAAGCUGAUCCCAGGUAUUGCCCAUCUUAUCCCCAAAGCUAUUCCAUUUCAAAAUUCUUCCACAACUUUUGCGUGCAAUCUCGUAGAAAAUCCAGUACUGGGUUAGUAUUCUUCGUGUGUAUAAUGGAAGAUUUGCUGUCCCUGUUAUAAAAAAAUGGCUUCUUUAGCUCUUGUUUCAAAUAGUGGGCUUCUGAUUACUCAAGAAUUAGGGAUUGGUCAUGUUGGAAAAUCCAAAUCUUUAGGUAGAUAUAGAGGUGUAACUUGUUCAUUAUCUAGUUCUUCCCAUAGUUUAGUUCAUUUACCUGUAUUGGGUUUUCGUAAUUGUUGUAAAUUUGAAGGUAGAUUGUAUUCUAACACCAAAAUUUGGUCACUGAUCAAUGAAAAAAAUGGAGAUAAAAGUACUCAUUUGGGAAGAAGAGAAGAUAAUAACAUUAGGAAGAGGUUUUCGUUACGAUUGCGCCCGAGAUUUCGAUUAUUGUUGAGAAAAUUGAAGAGUGCGUCUAUUCGGUCUGUGUUAAAUGGCCUUGGAACGUUUCUGCGUAAGAAUAUGAAAAGAGUGACCGUCUCUACUUCAAUAUCAAUUGUAUUGGGGCUGUGCUAUUUAUUUUUGAGAUUAACUGCAAUGCCAUCUCCUAAAGUUGUUCCAUACUCGGAUUUGAUAAUGAGCCUACAAAAUGGGAAUGUAGAAAGGGUCCUUUUUGAGGAGGGAUCGCGUCGUAUAUAUUACAACACCAACUUGGUUUGUGCCGAAAACACUCCCAUGUCGGAAGAUAGAUCAUUGGCGACAAAUGUUGAGAAUGAAAAUGUGGUUGAAACGGUUGCAAGCAGUGACGCUGUGAGAAAACAGCAAGUAAUGGGUGCAAGUGUUUUGAGAGUGUUGACAAAGACCCGUGCUUCUAACCCCGAGUGGCAGUACUCCACAAGAAAGAUAGACCAUGAUGAGAGCUAUCUUCUUACUUUGAUGAGAGAAAAGGGAACUACAUAUAGCUCUGCCCCUCAAUCAGUGCUUAUGUCAAUGAGGAGUAUCUUGAUUACUAUUUUAUCUCUAUGGAUUCCUUUGACUCCUUUGAUGUGGCUCCUUUAUCGUCAACUUUCUUCUGCUAAUAGUCCAGCUAAAAAGCGGCGCCCUAGUAACCAGACGGUUAGCUUUGAUGAUGUGGAGGGCGUUGAUACUGCGAAGGUAGAGCUUAUGGAGAUAGUUUCAUGCCUUCAAGGAGCUAUUAACUAUGACAAACUAGGAGCAAGGUUACCAAGAGGUGUGCUGCUGGUGGGUCCUCCAGGAACAGGAAAAACAUUACUAGCCCGUGCAGUGGCUGGAGAAGCAGGAGUACCAUUUUUCUUUGUUUCUGCCAGUGAAUUUGUGGAGUUAUUUGUUGGAAGAGGAGCAGCUCGUAUUAGAGACCUUUUUAAUGUGGCAAGGAAGAAUGCACCAUCAAUCAUUUUCAUUGAUGAGCUUGAUGCUGUUGGAGGAAAGCGUGGGAGAAGUUUCAAUGAUGAACGAGACCAGACAUUAAACCAAUUGCUGACAGAAAUGGAUGGCUUUGACUCGGACAUGAAGGUGAUUGUUAUUGCUGCAACUAAUAGGCCAGAAGCGUUGGAUACAGCUCUAUGUCGCCCUGGCCGCUUCUCAAGGAAAGUACUUGUGGGAGAACCAGAUGAAGAUGGAAGGAGAAAGAUUUUAGCUGUACAUUUGAGAGGAGUUCCUCUUGAGGAAGACAUCGACCUCAUAUGCAACCUAAUUGCAUCUCUUACCCAAGGCUUUGUAGGUGCUGACCUUGCAGACAUCAUCAAUGAAGCUGCUUUACUUGCUGCUCGUAGAGGCUGUGAAUGUGUGUCAAGAGAGGAUAUAAUGGAAGCUAUAGAGAGAGCAAAGUUUGGGAUCAAAGAUAGUCGAUCGAAUACUAGUUCAAUCGGCAAAGAGCUCGGUAAACUAUUCCCAUGGAUGCCAUCUCUGAUGGGCAGAAGCGACACGAGACGGGAUGGAAUGCAAGGGCUCCUGGGCUAUCAAACUCUUAGCUGAUGAGUAUGUUCUCCUUUUCAGUGCUGUUAAAGGAUAUAUGUCAAAGUCUUGUUCAGGAUGUUGUGACAUCUAAAUGAGAAGGAAUAUAUAUAUAUAUAUAUAUAUAUAUAUAUAUUGUCUAUAAAUUUUUGCUGAGACUUUUCUUUAGAGAAGUAGGAAAUGCUUUGUUGUUUCCUUUAUGGUGCCAAACUGGCAUUUUGUAUGAAUACUUCAAAUUUUACCUAUUUUGGGGUCUUAAAAUGUUACUGGAACUUGGUCUUCUAAUGAUUGCAACUGUUAUUUAUAUGUA